CCUGCAGUUUAAAGAGCCUCCCAACCCUCCCCCACAACCCAGUUGGAAGCGGUGAAUUCCCAGCUGCCGAACCAUCAAGGUCACAUUUGAAGUGGAAUCAGUUCGAACUGACUGACUUUCCCCAACUGCAGUUUUAAACACAGUGAGCGGCCUCGACCACCAGUAAAGUGCUCCAUAACACAAAACCCCAGCGAGUGUUCCCCAACGCUGCAGCCAUGUGGAAACUCAAACCCCCACUGGAAAUGCCACUCAGUCUCAAAUACAAGCACAUUUUGGAGCAAUUAAUGCCAACUGAACCCUCAAUUUCACUUAAUCUUAAAAAAUUGUCGGCUGAAGAAGAAUUUCCAAACUUGGCCAAAAAUCAGACUUGUAUGGCAAAAGUUCUUACAAUUCAAAUGUACAAGAGACUGAGGGCCAGAGCAACCCAAAGUGGCUUCACACUGGAUGAUAUCAUCCAACCUGGUGUUGAUAAAUCUGAACAUUCUUCCAUUAGAAUUGUGGGUUGUGUGGCUGGAGACGCAGAAUCAUACACUGUAUUCAUGGAGUUCUUUGAUCCUCUUAUUGAACUGUAUCAUCAUGAUUAUCAGCCAAACAGAAUGCACAGGAGCAACUUGAAUCCAGAAAACCUAAAGGGUGGAACUAAUUUAGAUGAACUCUAUGUGUUGACCUGUCAAGUGAGCACAGGACGUAAUGUGGAUGAUUUUUGUUUCCCACCUCACUGCAGUCGUGGAGAGAGACGUGCACUGGAAAAACUUGCAAUAGGAGCCCUCAAUGCAUUAGAUGGUGAAUUUAAGGGAACAUAUCAGUCGCUGAAGAACUUAAGUGAGGAAGAACAUCAGAGACUGUCUGCUGCUGGAAUCCUUUCUGAGAACCUUAUUUCUCCAUUAAUGCUUUCAUCUGGUAUGGCUAGAGAUUGGCCAGAUUCACGGGGAGUCUGGCACAAUGAUAUGAAGAAUUUUAUUGUCUGGGUCAAUAAAGAGGACCAUCUUCGCAUUACUUCCAUUCAGGAUGGUGGAAAUGUGAAACAAGUCUUUACACGUUAUUGUUUGGGUCUUAAAAAGCUUGAAGAAAUAUACCACCGGAAAAAACACCCUUUCAUCUGGAAGGAUAAUUUAGGAUAUGUGUCAACCUGUCCUUCAGAUCUUGGCACUGGUAUGUGUGCAAGUGUCCAUAUUAGACUGAAAUACAUCAGUAAACAUCAGAAGUUCGACGAGAUCUUGCAGAGACUACGUUUAGAAAAGAAGCUUACUGGUGCUGCGGAUGCUUCUGCUGGAACUGAAGUUUGGGACAUUUCCAAUGCUGACAGAAUUGGUUUCUCAGAAGUAGAAUUGGUGCAAUUGCUAGUCGAUGGAAUUAAACUGCUGAUCCACAUGGAUAAAUAUAUAGAACAAGGAAGUCCUAUUGAAGAUCUCUUUCCCACUCAGAAGCAGAUGGAUAUACAUGAAUAAUUAUUUACAACAUAUAUAACAAAUAUUAAUCUACCUGGCAUGGAAAUUAAUACUUCACUCAAAGGAAGGGUUCCCACAAAAACUUAAGAGCACGCCCUAAAAUAUGUGUGACCCAAAGAAACAAGAUUGAAAAUAACCAGAUGAUGCAAAAAAAACUUCUGAAAUAAAAUUUUAAUUUACAAAUGAUAACUGUUACACAUUAUUUGUAAAUUUUUUAAGAUUUCAGUACUUUUGAAUGUAAUUUUCUAUACUAUGAUCAACAUCCAGUAAUAGGAAUAGUGAAUUGUACACCUGAUGCAGAUCACAGUGAGCCAGAGAAUAAACUGAUGCAUAUUGAUAAAA